AUGCUGCGUCACGCAGGUGAAUAUGGAACCCAAAUCAUAAACGGUAUCAUUGUCCGAGCAAAUAACACCCGAUCCAGGUGGGCGUCGUUUGCAGGUCUAAGUGCAAUAACUAUCGCAGGUAAGUGGGACGCUUGCAUGGAGAUAAAGGAUCUGAAAGGAUGUUUCGGACGGUCGAGCAGCUUGCUGUGGUCGUUUGAAUCAGGUAUGGCCGAGCGCCGUAAUAUAGACCUCAGACACUAUAAUCCGAAAGCAGCCUACCAC